ACCCCCAGUAUGGCCGCAUCCGCCAUGUCUGUCUGCUCCAGUGAUCUGAGCUAUAGCAGCCGGGUCUGCCGGCCCAGAUCCGGUGACUCUUGCACUGAUUCCUCCUGGCAGGUGGACGACUGCGCAGAGAGCUGCUGUGAGCCCCCCUGCUGCGCCCCCAGCUGCUGCGCCCCGGCCCCCUGCCUGACCCUGGUCUGCACCCCAGUGAGCUGUGUGUCCAGCCCCUGCUGCCAGGCGGCCUGUGAGCCCAGCCCCUGCCAAUCAGGCUGCACCAGCUCCUGCACGUCCUCGUGCUGCCAGCAGUCUAGCUGCCAGCCGGCUUGCUGCACCUCCUCCGCCUGCCAGCAGGCAUGCUGUGUGCCUGUCUGCUGCAAGACUGUGUGCUGCAAGCCCGUGUGCUGUGUGCCCACCUGCUCUGGGGAUUCCUCUUCAUGCUGCCAGCAGUCCAGCUGCCAGCAAGCUUGCUGCACCUCUUCCCCGUGUCAGCAGUCCUCCUGUGUGCCCGUCUGCUGCAAGCCUGUCUGCUCCAAGUCCGUCUGCUGUGUGCCUGUCUGCUCUGGGGGUUCCAUUUCAUACUGCCAGCAGUCUAGCUGCCAGCCGGCUUGCUGCACCUCCUCCCCCUGCCAGCAGACCUGCUGUGUGCCCGUCUGCUGCAAGCCUGCCGUCUGCUGUAAGCCCGUCUGCUGUGUGCCUGUGUGCUCUGGGGCUUCCUCUCUGUGCUGCCAGCAGUCUAGCUGCCAGCCGGCUUGCUGCACCUCCUCCUGCUGCAGACCUUCCUCCUCCGUGUCCCUCCUCUGCCGUCCCGUGUGCAGCUCCACCUGCUGCGUGCCCGUCCCCUCCUGCUGUGCCCCCGCCUCCUCCUGCCAGACCAGCUGCUGCCGCCCGGCCUCCUGCGUGUCCCUCCUCUGCCGCCCCACGUGCUCCUGCCCGGCCUGCUGA